AUUUAUCCAUGACUAAAUUUGUCGAGUGUCGUUUCACGUCAAAAUUUAAAGUGGAUCACCCGUUUAAAAUUAUUGAAAUAUAGAUUAGUGAUAUUUGCGUAUCGUACGUAUAUUUUUUUCGAGUAAAGAUCAAUUCCUUUAUCAAAUUGUGAUUACAAUGACUUAUUUGAAUUCGUGGGAAGAAUUCGAAAAAGGCGCAGAGAGGUUAUAUUUACAAGACCCCAUGAACACUCGGUAUAUAAUGAAAUAUUGUCACAAUAAAGGAGUUUUGUGUUUAAAGUUAACAGACAAUCGACGGUGCCUCCAAUAUAGAACAGAAAUAGCUCAAGACUUAAAAAAAAUGGAAAAAUUUAUAGGCAAUCUCAUGAGACAUAUGGCAUCAAAAGAUAGUUAAAUAAGCAAAACUUAUGUACAGGAAUGUUGAUGAUUAUUGAGUAUUUAUCAAAACAUUUUUAUUUGAUAUAAUUUUUCUUGUCUCAUAAGAUUUAACAAUUAUGAGAUCCAUGGAUAUUAAAUUUGUUUAAGGUAUGAAAACUUUCUUAAAUAUACAAGAUGGUAAAUGUUAAA